AUGUUUUCUCAAAAUGCGGGAAAAAACGACAAGAAAUAUAUGAUUCCAGAGGAAAUUCUAAAUGUAGAGAUAUCUAUGGUUCCUGACGAAUCUAUGGAGCAUGAUUUGGAUUUAAAGACAUCAUUUAUGACUGAUAAUGAGCACAUGCUAAACGAUACCGUUAUUCUUGUCGUCGAUACAAAUUUCAUAAUUUCACACUUAUCUCUUAUUUCUGAUCUAAGCAUACAUUGCAAAGCACACAAUUACAUUAUUUUGUUUCCUUGGGCCACUAUUCAGGAACUAGACGGGCUAAAGUCAGCUGAAAACACUUAUUCAUCUCUCAGGGAAAAGGACAGGACUUCUUCUGUACGAAAGGCAAUCAAUUUUAUUUAUCAUUCUUUGUCACAAAAGGAAAAUUCAAUCAGAGGUCAAAAAAUGUCUGAAGUAAUAGAUGCUUCGCUGUUAGGAGACGACUCUAUCCUCGACUGUUGUAGAUAUUGGCUUGAAAAACGUCUUUUAACGACCUUUUUGCUGUCCAACGAUAAAAACCUCGCCAUCAAAGCAAUGAUCCACGGAAUCCAUGCUAUUUCUUACGAACCCGGUAUGCAUGCGGGCUCUCUUAUGCUCAAAAUAUCUCAAAUCCUCAAUCAGACUUUCAACCAGUCUUCUCACUGGCCCUGUACUCUUAGUACUCCUGAUGCUCCUCCCACUGAGUCCCUUGCUACUGACAUGGACAUUGAUUCUCCUCCAUUUCAGGCACAGACAUUUCAGGCAGACAUACCCAACAUACCUGAUACACGCUUCUCUUCUUCACUCGACCUAUUAACACACAAUGUACAUUCUUUCGAAACAGAUACACUCGAAACGCACACAGAUGAGCCAAACACACUUGAGCCAAACACUGAUCAACUUACUGAUCAACCAGAUAUUUUCAAGACAGAUGCCUCUAAUCCAGACAUACUUAUUCCACAUGUCCCAGACAUUCUCUGCCGUCCUGGCUCGCCCCUUCCGCCUGCACUUCGUCCUUUCCUUGCCUCUUUCCUCAACUCUGCCGUUUCCUCUUUUCUUACUGCUGUACCUCUUAAAAUACACAUUGUCAACGCUCUCGGCUCCGACUCUGCUGAAUAUCUUCUUCGUACCACUUCGUUUCCUCCUACUUCGCUCGACAGCUUUACAUUCCCUGUACACUUCCGGUAA